GGUCGGGUUGCUAAGGUUACCUAUAGGCAUAGCAGACAACUCACACACCUAACAGUGCUAGGGAGACACUGCUUUCUUUCUUCUUUUUGUCUAUUUGGAAAGGUAAAUAUUUUGUAAACGUGGGAUUGUUUCCUGAAUAAAAUCAUGACACUCACAACGAUAAAAGACGGAGAGUACACUGCUACAGUCUACAAAAUGAUCAAAGAUGGGCGUUAUGGAGAUGCCAUCCAUAUCCUAAGCAACGAACUGCAAAAACAGAUGAAGUCAAGAGCUGCGCUGUCGCUGCUGGGUUACUGCUACUACCACAUUCAGGACUUCACCAAUGCUGCAGAGUGCUAUGAACAGCUCACUCAGCUACAUCCGGAUGUGGAGGAGUACAAACUCUACUAUGCCCAGUCACUCUAUGGGGCAUGUGCCUUUUCUGAUGCCAUGAAAGCUACGUUUCUCCUGGACAAUCCAACCAGUCAUACCAAAAUGAUCAAGCUUCAAGCUGCCAUCAAAUACGGAGAAGAAGAGUAUGCUGGAGCCAAGACCUUGGUGGAGCAGCUGCCUCAGGAUGAUCCUGAUUAUGACGUGGAUCUUGGCUGCUUGCUUUUCAAAGAGGGAGAAUAUGAAGAGGCUUGCAAGAAGUUCAUGUCCUCUAUGCAAGUGCUAGGCUACCAGCCAGAUCUGUCAUACAACAUCGCCCUUUGCCACUAUAGCUUAAAGCAAUACGCAUCAGCUCUCAAAUACAUUGGUGAGAUCAUAGAACGUGGAAUACGAGAACAUCCAGAGCUGAGUGUUGGCAUGACAACCGAGGGCAUAGAGGUGAGAAGUGUGGGCAAUACUCUAGUCCUCCAUGAGACUGCCCUGAUUGAAGCCUUCAACCUCAAGGCAGCCAUUGAGUACCAGCUCAAGAAUUUUGAUUCAGCACAAGAGGCCUUGACAGACAUGCCUCCAAGAUCAGAAGAGGAGCUGGAUCCAGUAACCCUCCACAACCAGGCCCUGAUGAACAUGGACACAAAGCCCACAGAGGGCUUUGAGAAGCUGGCCUUCCUCCUGCAGCAGAACCCUUUCCCUCCAGUCACGUUUGGCAAUCUGCUGCUCCUCUACUGUAAAUACGAGUACUUUGACUUGGCUGCAGAUGUUCUGGCCGAAAACGCCCAUCUUACGUACAAGUUUCUGAGUCCGUAUCUCUAUGAGUUUCUAGAUGCCAUGCUGACAUGCCAGACUGCGCCAGAGGAGGCUUUCCGGAAAUUAGAUGAAAUUGCUGGGAAAUUAACUGACCAGUUAAGGAAGGCAGCCAAACAGGUCCAGGAUGCACGUCACACGCGGGAUGACGAGGGGCUGAAGAAGGCCCUGCACGAAUAUGAUGAGGUGCUGGAGAAGUACAUCCCAGUGCUCAUGACUCAGGCGAAGAUCUACUGGAAUAGGGAGAACUACAGCAUGGUGGAGAAGAUCUUCCGUAAGUCGGUGGAGUUCUGCAACGAGCACGACACAUGGAAGCUGAACGUGGCUCAUGUGCUCUUCAUGCAGGAGAACAAGUACAAGGAGGCCAUUGGAUUCUAUGAACCCAUCGUCAAGAAGCACUAUGACAAUUUGGAACAGUGUAACAUUCAGGAGUGUCCCUGCAAAAGAAAGCCCUCGAUUCUCAAUGUCAGCGCGGUAGUCUUGGCUAACCUCUGUGUGUCGUACAUCAUGACCAGUCAGAAUGAGGAGGCCGAAGAACUGAUGAGAAAGAUCGAGAAGGAGGAGGAGCAGAUAUCUUACGACGACCCGGACAAGAAAGUGUUCCAUCUGUGCAUCGUAAACCUUGUGAUUGGAACAUUAUACUGUGCCAAAGGGAAUUAUGAUUUUGGCAUUUCACGCGUCAUCAAGAGCCUGGAGCCCUACAACAAAAAGCUCGGAACCGACACGUGGUUCUAUGCCAAGAGGUGCUUCCUGUCGCUGUUGGAGAAUAUGGCCAAGCACAUGAUCAUGCUCCGGGACACCGUGGUGCAGGACUGCAUUCAGUUCCUGGAGCACUGUGAACUCCAUGGGAAGGACGUGGAAGCCAUGAUCGAGCAGCCCCUGGAGGAAGACCGCGUGCACGUCGGCAAGAACACCGUCACCUACGAGUCCCGGCUGCUCAAGGCCCUCUUCUAUGAAGUCAUCGGCUGGAACCAAUAAAUCCGCCUGUUAA